UGGCCCUGGGUUAGCAGAAUCUGUCCCACACGCCUGCUUAAAAUGACAAGUUUUGCCAUAUUGUUAGUUAAAGUAUAAAGUUUCCCUGUGCCCCCCUGCCUCCCAGCAUUGUUAACAUGUAUACAAGAUACAAAAAUCACCAUUGUAGCUUAUUUGGGCUGGGGAACCAAAACAAGGUACACCAGUAUAAGGCACCUUAACAUUAAUAUACUUGUAUCUAGAUUUAGGUUUUUACUGGCUUCUGGGCUUUUACUGGCUUAGGUGUCUAGGCAAAAUUCACACUCCUGUCAGUGCUAUCAAUAAUACUUAAAUACAGACCAGCCCUCAGUAUACAGUAGGAUUGUUUGUUUGAUUGGGGGCUCCAAGAACAGGCUAACUAUGCUAAUGAUAUGGGAUCCCAAAGAGUUUAACAAUUCUACAGCUCUUUUGUGGAAAAAAAUUAGCAUGAGAAUUGCCACAUUAGGACAGAUUAUUGAGUCCAGGCACUGACCUCCCAGCAUUUGCUGAUGUUAAAUGCUUCAGUUGUAGAUCUAUGAUAGGCACUUAAAACUUAAAUAAUAAGUUUUGUCUUGGCUGCUUGCUGUGCCUUGGAAAUGUGAAAAAGCAUGCUGCUAGGUGCAACAAGAAAGAGAUUUGUGGCACACCCAACUCUGGAGAAACCUGACCAGUAAAUGGAAUCACUGUACGCAUUUAUCCACAACCAUCUAGUGGUUCAGAGAAGCAAGUAUGUCAGGAACCUACUGGUAACGGGAGUUAAACAAGACAAUGGAUUGGGGAUCACUGCAUGCUGUGGUGGGAGGUGUGAAUAAACACUCCACCAGCAUCGGAAAGAUCUGGCUCACUGUCCUGUUCAUUUUCCGUAUUAUGAUCCUCAUAGUGGCUGCAGAGAAAGUCUGGGGAGAUGAACAAGAAGAUUUUGUCUGUAACACACUACAGCCUGGAUGCAAAAAUGUUUGUUACGAUCACUUUUUCCCCAUCUCUCAUAUUAGGCUCUGGGCCCUUCAGUUGAUCUUUGUCUCAACUCCUGCACUGUUGGUGGUAAUGCAUGUUGCCUACAGACGACAUGAGAGGAAGAAGCAGUUCAGGAAGGGAGAUCAAAAUUGUCAAUAUAAAGACAUUGAAGAGAUAAGAACCCAAAGAUUUCAUAUUGAGGGACCCUUGUGGUGGACAUACACUGGCAGCAUAUUCUUCAGGUUGAUUUUUGAAGCUGCCUUCAUGUAUGCAUUUUACUUCGUGUAUGAUGGAUUCCGAAUGCCACGGCUAGUGAAAUGUAGUGCUUGGCCUUGCCCAAACACAGUGGACUGUUUUGUUUCUCGACCUACUGAAAAGACGGUGUUCACUAUUUUUAUGAUUGGUGUGUCUGGUAUUUGCAUUAUGUUAAAUGUGGCUGAAUUCUGUUAUCUGCUGAUAAAAUGUUUCCUUAGAAGGUCUAGAAGAGCAGGAUCUCAAAGACAUUCCCCCAGCCUUGAGAAUAAAGAAGAAACUAAACAAAAUGAAAUGAACGAGCUAAUAUCUGAUAGCUGUCAGAACACCGUUCCAGCAUUUUCAAAGUAGCUAAGGUGAUGUGAAUGUUGGGAUUCACUCUUCAGAGAGUGAAUGCUCAUGUUUAGAGGUUCAGAUUAAAUGAAUUGUAUUUAAAGUUUUAAUAUAUAUUGUCAGGUGGGAAUUAUACAACUAAUUUGAAAGUCCAGAAAGCAUGAAGAUGGGAAAACUGAAUAAGAAUUAAGUAGGAUACUACAUCUUCUAAGAAUAUUUUUAACAAGCUGACUAUGACAAAUGGAAACUCACUAGUCUGUUUAUACUGACAUGAAACAU